GAGAAACCCCGUAGCAGGAACUAGCCGCUAACAGCCUUUAGCAUCCAAGAUGGCGGGAGCAGACAGCGACGACUCUCUUUACCCUAUUGCCGUGCUAAUAGAUGAAUUAAGGAAUGAAGAUGUUCAGUUACGGUUGAACAGCAUUAAGAAACUGUCUACCAUUGCCCUGGCCUUGGGGGUUGAGAGGACACGUACAGAACUUUUGCCUUUCCUCACAGAUACAAUCUAUGAUGAGGAUGAAGUCCUGCUUGCGCUUGCUGAACAACUGGGAAACUUCACCGUGCUUGUUGGAGGUCCUGAGUUUGUGCACUGCCUCCUGCCCCCUUUGGAGAGUUUGGCAACCGUUGAAGAGACGGUCGUGCGGGACAAAGCAGUGGAGUCCCUCCGUAAGAUUUCCCAUGAGCAUUCUCCAGUGGACCUGGAAGUUCACUUUGAGCCUCUGGUGAAGCGUUUGGCCAGCGGUGACUGGUUCACAUCACGUACCUCUGCCUGUGGGCUCUUCAGUGUCUGCUACCCUCGAGUUUCCAGCACUGUCAAAGCUGAGAUCCGCCAGCACUUCCGCACCCUGUGCUCCGAUGACACUCCCAUGGUGCGCCGUGCAGCCGCCUCCAAGCUGGGAGAAUUUGCCAAAGUGUUGGAGUUGGAGUAUGUUAAGAGUGACAUCAUUUCUCUCUUCACUGCAUUGGCAUCUGAUGAACAGGACUCUGUUCGCCUCCUGGCUGUUGAGGCCGGCGUCAGCAUUGCCACCCUGUUGCCCCAAGAGGAUCUGGAAGCUCUAGUUAUGCCCACCUUACGCCAGGCAGCAGAAGACAAGUCCUGGAGGGUUCGCUACAUGGUUGCAGACAAAUUUUCUGAUCUGCAGAAGGCAGUGGGUCCAGAAAUCACGAAGAAUGACUUGGUGCCAGCCUUCCAGAACCUUCUGAAGGACUGUGAGGCUGAGGUUCGAGCAGCUGCUGCGAACAAGGUUAAAGAAUUCUGUGAAAAUUUAACAGAGGACAGCAGAGAGACCAUCAUAAUGACACACAUUCUCCCCUGUGUUAAGGAACUUGUCUCAGACACAAAUCAGCACGUGAAAUCUGCGCUGGCUUCAGUCAUCAUGGGCCUUUCAACCAUCUUAGGCAAAGACAACACUAUCGAGCAUCUGCUUCCUCUUUUCCUGGCCCAGCUAAAAGAUGAGUGUCCCGAGGUUCGCCUUAACAUCAUCUCCAACUUGGACUGUGUGAACGAGGUCAUCGGAAUCCGUCAGCUUUCCCAAUCGCUGCUACCUGCUAUCGUCGAACUGGCCGAGGAUGCCAAGUGGCGCGUGAGACUGGCCAUCAUCGAGUACAUGCCCCUUCUGGCCGGACAGCUGGGUGUAGAGUUCUUCGAUGAGAAGCUAAAUUCUCUGUGUAUGGCGUGGCUCGUUGAUCAUGUAUAUGCCAUCAGAGAGGCCGCCACAUGUAACCUGAUGAAGCUGGUGGAGAAAUUCGGAGCAGAGUGGGCACAGAAUACCAUAGUACCCAAAGUACUGGGCAUGGCCAAUGAUCCGAACUACCUGCACAGGAUGACUACCCUUUUCUGCAUUAAUGCUUUGUCUGAGGUGUGUGGCCAAGAUAUUACCACCAAACACAUGCUUCCUGUAGUUUUGAAGAUGUCCAAUGACCAGGUGGCCAACGUACGUUUCAACGUGGCCAAGUCUCUACAGAAGAUCGGACCUGUCUUGGACAGCAACUCCCUGCAAACAGAUGUGAAACCGGUGCUAGAGAAAUUGGCAUUAGAUCAGGACAUAGAUGUCAAAUACUUUGCUCAAGAGGCCAUCAGUGUUCUGGCCCUGGCCUAAUGAACCUUCUUGCUGAAUGUGAGAUCCACCUCAAGCUGACCUCCAUUGUAUUUAUUGACGUCCAGAAUCAUCUGCUGGACCGUAUAUGGAGAAUCAAUGUGUUUUGUUCCCUCUCAGUGGAAAUGUUUUCGGGAAACUUGGCUUCUCAGUGUUUUGUUCGACAGUAACACUUAAUCCUCAGCUGUGAAUGAAAUAACACCACAAUACAGUCUUGCUUCAUACCCCGCAAUAAUGCUGCUGUUCCCCUCUUGCUGUGACUUCCAACUUGCUUACCAUCAGAAUGGGGUCACACACUUCAAUGGUGUUUUGCUAUACGUGUAACAAUGUAAUGACUACUUGGCCAUUAUUGCUUCAUUUAGGGACAAUAUUUUAUUAGAUGUUGUAACUUCAGUUGUCCAUUUCAUCUGAACCAAAUUGCUUUUAGUACAGCUUUUAAGUAUGGCUUGAGUUUCGACCCAUGCAUGCAUAAAAGCAUGGUGAAAAUCACUACCGCAACUAUCUUUUAAUUCUGUAUCCUGUAUCUUACACUGACUGUUGUUGAACUAGGAGCCCUGAAAGCACUAGCCGCAUGUCCUUUAUUCAGUGGCAUGCUCCGAUACUGUUCUCCAAUUCUUAACAAUGCUUAUCUUCUUAAAGGGACCAUGACAAAUCUUACAUCCUUCCUGUAACUGUAAAAACAAAGGAUAGGCACUCAUUAAUGGCCCUUUUAACUUUCUGUGCCAUUUGACCAUGUUGCACACUUUUUUUGUGAAUGAUUUUUUUUUUUUUUAAACUUGUCAUUUAUAUGAACACAUCUGCAGGUCUCUUGCGCACAGGUUACACAUGCCAUCAGUAUAUUUGGAGUCUCAUUGACCACAGGGGACGUUUAUGAACGUUCCCAAUUAACCCAUUUGCUCUGCCUGAGAUGUUGACUGUCCAAUUCCUCUUAAGCUUCAGAGUGCAGUCAGUAAAGUGGUAUAUUCUGUGUUAUGAGUGUCAUUAGAAUGUGCUUUGAGUUUUAUAUGAAUAUGGUCACAAUGCCCUUGAUAGAAAAGGAAACUCAAUAAAGAACAUUAUAUAACCCCA